AUGUACGAGGGCCAUACUUGGCACCCCUGGACUAGCACCUUCGUGGGCUCGGAAAAGGUUCCAGACACAUUCAAGGAGCCGGCGCUGGACGCUGCCAUAUUCUGGUUCCGUCCUCUACUGUUUGCCGAUACCCCCGGCGAUGAAUGCUGGCCGUCAACAGCAUCUUGGAACACCCUCAACACGACCGUCAACGGCAAGCUGUUGCACAACAGACCUCUAGCCGAACCGUGCUACCCGGGCGACAACUACGACGCCGAUGCCUGCCAGUACAUCAGCGACCAGUGGACCAACGCAACCAUUGUUAGCGAGAAUGCCGUGGGAUACUCGUACCCGCUGGUCACAACAUGUCCGCCCAUCAACACCACUGUCGCCGCGUAUCCGAUCUGUGAUCUCGGUACUGCACCCGUGUACACCAUCAACGCAACGGAGGCGGCGGACGUCGCGGCGGGGAUCAAGUUUGCCAAGGAGAACAAUAUCCGUUUGGUGAUCAAGAAUACCGGGCAUGACGGGAGAGGAAGAUCACAAGGUUAUGGAUCUCUAAUGAUCUGGAUCAAGUACAUCGAUAGUGGCCUCGCCUAUCAACCGCGGUAUAACUCGUCUUGUGCGUCAAACUGGACCGGAGCAGCUUUCACCGUCGGAGGUGGAUAUAUAUGGGGAGACGUGUACGACGCUGCUGCGGAGCAUGGAAUGGUUGCCGUUGGUGGUGAUGAUCGGACCGUCGGAGUGAUUGGAGGAUAUAUGCAAGGUGGCGGUCAUGGCCCCGCCAGCCACGACUUUGGCCUUGCAGCCGACCAGGUGCUGGACAUGACUGUGGUACUGGCCACGGGCGAGACGGUGACGGCCAACGCAUGUCAAUAUGCGGAUCUGUUCACGGCGCUGCGCGGCGGCGGUGGCGGGACCUAUGGCGUCGUCAUCUCUGCAACCAUCAAGCUGCACCCCAGUGCUCCCAUGAUCGGCCAGGUACUCAGUGUCGUACCCCUGAACGCGAGUGUGGCAGCGUUGCUCAACGUCUCCGCACAAAUUACCGCCAGGUAUCCCACCGUCAUGGACGCUGGGUUCUCCGGAUACGGAUAUCUAGGAACCAGCUCGUUGCUCGACCCGUCCCUGACGGCUGAGGGGCUCUACACUCACACGAUCGCCAAGAGGUUGCCCGACACCAAUACCAGUGCCAGUUGGGAGGCUGCCAAGGAGGAGCUGGAAGAUAAACUGGUGGCCGAUCUAAUAGCCUACAACAGCACGGACCUCUACGUCAGCGUCGAGUACUACAACUUCUCCUCCUUUGUCGACUACUACGAUGCGAUUGGUGGGGGGGAGUCGAGCGUCGGCACGAGCGACAUCCUCAUCACCUCGCGGCUGUUCGACAAGGCAUCCCUGGAAGACAACGCGGAAAAUCUGGCGGAAAUGAUGCAUACGAUCUUUUCUACCGAGGGAGACAACAGCACCCUCACGCUCGAGGGGGUCGUGCUCAACAACUGUCUAGUAGCGGGCGGUCAAGUGCUGGAGGAGACCCCCUACACCUCUGUGCAGCCCUCAUGGCGGCGGGCGUACGUUCUGGCCAACCUCAUCGCCUUCUGGGGCCCAGGCCUCGACACGCUGGAGAUCCAGCGCGUUCGUGACGACGUCACCUACCGCAAGAUGGACGCCAUGCGCAGGCUCACCCCUGGGAUGGGCAGCUACUUAAACGAAGCCGACUCGCUGGAUCCGCAGUGGAAGGAGGACUUUUACGGCACCAACUAUGACUGGCUGACAGCCGUCAAGCACAAGUAUGACCCCGACGGUGUGUUUUAUUGCUAUCGCUGUAUCGGCAGUCUGGGGUGGUCAGAGGAUGUGCGGAAUAGCCUGGGAUAUGGGCCAUUGUGUCAGACUUGA